AUGGCGCAACCAACGUUCAACGCUCUUACUUUUCUUGAUGAAGACCCAGGAAAGUUCGACGCAAACUUCUUCGCCAUUCCCCCUAACGAAGCGGAGAGCAUCGACCCCCAACAAAGGAUACUGAUGGAGACUGUAUACGAUGGUCUAUGUUCUGCUAGUCUACCUAUAGAGCAGUUACGUGGCUCUUCUACUGCUGUUUACGUCGGUCUCAUGUGUGACGCUACCAUGGUGCAGACCGACAUCGACGAGAUUCCUACCUAUACCGGUACAGGCACAGCCCGCAGCAUCAUGUCUACUAGCCUAUCAUAUCAUAUUUCUUCGACUGGCACGGUCCGUCUAUAA